GUGGACAGGCAGAAGCUUUCGGAUGCUAAGAGAUGUGAAGGGAUGCCCACGGUCUCUGCUUGUGCUUGUGGGCGUAUCCCUGCGACCCCCCUCCCCUCUUCCUGGGUGAGAAAGUCGGAAAAGGGAGUCGAGCAAGAGGAGCAAAGGGACAGCUAUCAGAUUGUCACAAUUUGGCGUCGAAGAACCCCACUAUCAUUGAUAGAGGAUCGAAAACCAACGGGGCAAAGACUUGGUACCAAGCCACCGAGUCUACUUCUGUGCAGGCGCAGGCGGAAGGCCGUAUUCUGCCUUAUUAUGCAAGUCAAGAAGAUCAUAUUCCUGCUCCCAUAUCCGACAAAUGGCAGCUCAAGCUGGAAUUGUAGCGGUUGCCCCGAGGUCUCAAAGAUAGAGUUUGGGCGGAUGGGAGCUUUACUAAGGUUGGAGGACUGGGCCAAGGUUGGAUCCCGAGGGGAGGGAGAGGUAGGGUUCGUCAAUUUUGAUAGACCAUGCAAACCCCUAUUCGACAACCUGUUCGCUCACGACGAUGUUGGGAUCCUUCUAGGCAUUUGCCAGUCCUGGAUCGUGCAGAUAAUAAAUAUUGCGGAUUACUGGGGCCACGACGUUCGGGCGUGUGGUGACAUAGACCAUUUUGCCUUUUGAAUGUCAACGAAGUCCGCUGCAGCCUGUGCUCCGC